AUGUCUCUGGAGAAAGGCCAGACAGCAUUUAUCGCCAUUAACACCGCAAAGUUCAAGACCCACGUCCUCUUGCAUUCCGAUAAUAUCAUUCAUGCUUCCUACAGCCCUGAUACCAAAGACGGGAUUUCUGUCGUGGUAGCCGAUGCUCAAGAUGCCUCCUUGACCUUGUCUAAUGGGCGGACGAAGCGGAUUCCCGCCCUUAAAGAUAGCAAGAAAAAGAAACUCCUCAACGUCGACAUCGGAAAGUGGAACCUAACGCUUGAGUCCUGGGUGCCUGGUCCCGACGAGACAAAGUCGACAUCUGCAAAGAAGAUGCUUCAUCUCGGCACCCAGACAACCCUACAGCCGUGGUCUCAGAUUCCUGUAGUACAGAACGCAUCGGGGGUCGGGACAUACACCGCAAACUUUCAACUUCGCAUUCCAAGCAAAGAUACCAUCACGGUGUUACAGUUUGGUCCUGUGCUUAACACGAUGAGAGCUUGGAUCAACGGCACGCAGCUGCCAGCGAUUGACAUUUUUGACCCUCAAAUUGAUACAUCAAGCUUCCUUGUUUCGGGCUCUAACUUGAUAAGAAUCGAGGUUGCAUCUACCUUGUUCAACGCGGUAAAGGCAAGAGUUGAUUAUGUCAAGACAAACGGUGUUGGCCCAGCUGCACCUCCACUGUACACUGCUAUGGAUUGGCAACAGCAUUGGUUGGUUGGACCAGUGAUGGUGAAGUCCUUACGAAGGGUUGACCUGUGA